UAAUAUACGACACCUCCCCGAACAAUCGUCACCGGCCGUGCAUGUUGCCUUGUCAUUUGCCAAUCUUGGCCACCCAUCACCUCUAAGAAUGCAACCACAAACUACCAAAUCAAGCAAAGAAAAGAGAAGCCAAUCUGUAUUUUCAGUUUCAAGAACAAACACUCUUUCGGGAAGCUCACAUGCCCAUAUAAAGUUAGCCAGCUUAAACGCCGCCAUUCAAUACUCUCCAGAAGCUCCCAUACCUUAUAUAUAUAUAUAUAUAUAUAUAUAUAUAUACUCUUUUUCUCUCCAUCUCCUCUACUCUGGUUGUUCUCUGUUUUGGUUUCUUUAUUUUUUCCUACUUCUAGGCUGGUGUUAAUGGCGGAGAAGGAUAAAGAGAGAGAAGAAGCAGAGUUUUUCUUGGAUGAUGACGACGAUGAUGGUGAGUAUAAUAUUGGAGACUUAGAAGGGAACAAGAUAAUUGAGAUUGGUGGUAGGAGCAGCAGUACCAGUAGCAGCGGAGAAGCGGCUGAUAAUGGUGAUGGUUGUGGAACUUUCUCUUCUCAGCAAUGGCCUCAAAGCUACAGGGAAACGGUUGAUUCUUACUCAAUCUCAAUGUCCCCAAGCUUUGGGUUGCUUCGACAUGCACAAAGCUGCCAUUAUUCAAGUCUUGAAAGCUGUAGUAAGAGUUAUUUAGAACAAGAUGGAGAGUUUCCUUUACUGUCUGAUCAAGAAAAGGGUUUUCAGAAGGAAGACUCGGAUAUGAUUUCAGCAGCACAAUUGUCAUUCUCAAAAGGUUCCUUUGCCAGUGGUGAAUUACCCAUUGCUCAUGGAUGUAGCUUCACACAAACUGUCUUCAAUUCGGUUAAUGUGAUGGUUGGAGUUGGUCUUCUUUCAACACCUUAUACGGUGAAAGAAGCAGGCUGGGCAAGUUUGGUAGUACUAGCUUGUUUCGCAUUUGUGUGUUGUUACACAGCAUAUCUUAUGAGACAUUGCUUUGAAAGCAAAGAAGGUAUCUUGACCUACCCAGAUAUAGGUGAAGCUGCUUUUGGGAAAUAUGGACGUCUUGCUAUAGCUAUCAUUCUGUAUAUGGAGUUAUAUUCAUACUGUGUGGAAUUUAUUACUUUGGAGGGUGAUAAUCUUACUAGGCUAUUUCCUGGAACGUCCUUGCAUUGGGCUGGCUUUCAUCUUGACUCCAUGCACUUCUUUGGAAUCCUAACUGCGCUUAUUGUCCUGCCAACUGUUUGGCUAAGGGAUCUUCGUGUCAUAUCAUACCUUUCAGCUGGUGGAGUUGUAGCGACAAUUUUGAUUGUUCUUUGUGUGAUUAUCCUUGGUACAGCAGGGGGUGUUGGGUUUCAUCAAACUAGUCCAGUGGUAAAAUGGAGUGGCAUUCCAUUUGCAAUUGGUGUUUACGGGUUCUGUUAUUCUGGGCACUCAGUUUUUCCGAAUAUCUAUCAAUCAAUGGCUGAUAAAACAAAAUUUACCAAGGCAGCAAUAAUAUGCUUCAUCUUGUGCUUACUGCUUUAUGGGGGCAUUGCGGUAAUGGGAUUUCUCAUGUUCGGUGAAGAUACACUAUCUCAAAUAACAUUGAAUAUGCCACCACAUGCCUUCACUUCAAAAAUCGCCUUGUGGACUACAGUUAUCAACCCACUUACCAAGUAUGCUUUGUUGAUGAAUCCAUUGGCCAGGAGUAUAGAGGAGCUACUGCCAGUUGGAGUAUCGAGUAGUUUGUGGUGCUUCGCUUUUCUAAGAACAGGAUUGGUCUUCUCAUCUGUUUGUGUGGCUUUUCUUCUUCCUUUUUUUGGUCUCGUGAUGGCUUUAAUUGGUUCUGUCCUCAGUCUGCUCGUGGCAGUAAUAAUGCCAUCAUUAUGUUUUCUAAAGAUCAAGGGGAAGAAAGCAACAAGAACACAGAUUAUUUUGAGCUCUACAAUUGCUGCAUUGGGCAUCAUUUGUGCAAUCCUUGGAGCAUACUCUUCGUUGUGGGAUAUUGUGAAGCAAUUCUGAAGUAUCAGAUAGUUUUAACAAGCAAAGUAUUAUGAUUAAUAGAUGUGUUAUCUCACUGCAGCAAUUUAUAUUUGACUGGGAAAUUUUAGAUCUAUAAACUUGGAAGCUCAUUACUUUCUUUUCAUAACUAGUUCUUCAGGAGUUGUAUUCAGCAUAUUGAUAUGAUAAACUCUAAUCAAGUACAAGUUAUACAACAAUAGUUGCAUCAAAACAAUAUUGGGAUUUUGUUUUU